AUGGUGAUGACAAAGUUGGGGAUUUUUUGCCAUCCGGAAGAUGAGAAGCUUCAGGAGAGGUUGGGUUCUGAUGAUGUUACUAACCUGUUUGAUGAAAAGGAGCCGAGUUUGGAGGAGGUGAAGGGAGCUUUCUAUGUGUUUGAUGAGAACAGAGAUGGGUUUAUUGAUGCCAUGGAUUUGCAGAGAGUUCUCUGCGCUUUGGGAUUGAAGGAAGGACUAGAAAUAGAGAAUUGUUCGGAGUUUGAGUCCGACUCCGGGUUCAGGUCAUGGGUUCGAUCUAAGUAUUAUGUAAAUAUUUGUGUGAAUUUUUAA